UACCUGUUAUUACACACCAGGAAGAAGAUGAAACUGCUUUUAUAUUUAAUAUUUUUCCAACAUGCCAUAAACAAUGUCAAAACACACAGUGCUUCAAGUCCUAAUAUUAUUUUAAUGAUGGCUGAUGAUCUUGGUAUCGGAGACCUGGGUUGUUACGGGAACAGAACAUUAAGAACCCCUAAUAUCGACAAAUUAGCAGAGGAAGGAGUGACACUUACUCAGCAUAUAGCAGCAUCCCCACUUUGUACUCCAAGCAGGGCAGCUUUCCUGACAGGGCGAUAUCCUAUCAGAUCAGGAAUGGCUGCCUUCUCACGAGUUGGUGUCUUCUUAUUUUCUGCCUCUUCUGGGGGACUUCCUUCUGAAGAAAUAACUUUUUCCAAACUCUUGAAGCAAAGAGGUUACACAACAGCUCUAAUAGGAAAGUGGCAUCUUGGAAUGAACUGUGAAAGCAGUAAUGACUUCUGUCACCACCCCCUCAGUCAUGGAUUUGAUUACUUUUAUGGGCUUACUGUGACCAAUUUUAGAGACUGCAAGCCUGGCCAAGGCAGCGUAUUUUUAAAAGGGGUUCAGAAAUCCCUUGUCAUCCCAAUCCAAAUUGCUGGAAUCACUCUGGUCUCUUUGGCAGUAGUGCAGUACAUUGGUCUCCUCAAAAUACCUUUCCCAGUAUUGGGUUGCUGCUUGUUAAUAGCUGCUAUUUCGCUUGCUGGUUUGAUUUUUUUCUUUUAUCAUUUUCGACACUUAAACUGCUUUUUAAUGAGGGACCACGAGAUUAUCCAGCAACCACUGUCCUAUGAGAACCUCACUGAGAGACUGACAAAGGAAGCAGUGCAAUUUAUAGAAAGGAACACUGAUGAACCAUUUCUUCUUGUCCUGUCUUAUCUUCAUGUCCAUACUGCUCUAUAUGCUUCAAAAAAUUUCAGAGGAAAGAGCAAGCAUGGUUUAUAUGGGGAUGCAGUGGAGGAAAUGGACUGGAGUGUAGGACAGGUGCUGGAUUCACUUGAGAAAUACAAUCUAAGUCAUAAAACUCUUUUGUACUUUACAUCUGACCAAGGAGCUCAUGUUGAAGAAGUCUCCAGUACUGGAGAAGUCCAUGGAGGAUACAAUGGCAUAUAUAAAGGUGGAAAAUCAAUGAAUUGGGAAGGAGGUAUUCGUGUGCCAGGGCUUCUCCGUUGGUCUGGAGUAAUACAGGCUGGUGCUUAUAUUGAUGAGCCAACAAGUAACAUGGAUAUAUUUCCUACCAUAGUUAAACUUGCUGAGGCACAGUUACCCUCUGACAGAGUUAUUGAUGGACAUGAUCUGAUGCCCUUACUUCAAGGAAAAGUUACCCAAUCCAAGCAUGAAUUUCUCUUCCAUUACUGUAAUGCAUAUUUAAACGCAGUGCGCUGGCAUCCAGCAAACAGUGAGGCUGUAUGGAAAGUCUUCUUCUUUACUCCAAACUUCAGUCCUGAAGACUCCAAUGGCUGCUAUGAUUCUCAUGUGUGCUUCUGCCAUGAUGGAUUCAUUACUUGGCAUGAUCCUCCACUGCUCUUUGAUCUCUCCAGAGACCCUGAGGAGAAAGUCCCACUGACUCCUGAAACAGAAAGCCAUUUCUAUGAAAUCCUCAGGGUCAUACAUCUAGCGGUAGACAACCACACCAGAUCUCUGCAUGCUGUCCCUGACCAGCUGUCAUGGGACAACCUUAUCUGGAAGCCAUGGCUCCAGCUGUGCUGCUCGUCCCUCUUUCAGUCUUGCUACUGUGACUAUGACUCAGAGGGGAACCUGGUGGAGGGGUAUUCAGGAUAA